GCAAAAACAUCAGUCACUUUCUAAAUUAACCAACAAUUACUAAGGAUUUAUAACAUAAAUGUUAUCAAUUCUUUUCCUUAUCAGCUUAUUCUUAAGUUGUCUACACAUAAAUUCCCUAGAAGUACCCAAACAACAAUAAUAAAUAACAAGGCUGUAAUCGGCUGUAAAUGUCAUUUGUGCUUGCCACCCCAAUGUCUCCGCAGUUGCAGAAGGACCCAAGAAUAUUAUCAAAUUGAAACCGACAUGCAUCGCCCAUAUUAUCUCAGCUGCCCUCCCUCGAAAGAUCUCAUCGUGCAACAAGCACACCAAAUCUCGCACGAGUUUCGCUGAGAAGCAGGCGGAGUCCCUACGCCGUCACUACCCCUGACUUGGACGACGAAGAAGCUCAGGUGCAAAUGCGUGCCGCCACCAGUAUCUUACGCGCUCGCAUAAACAUCGUGCCUGUGUCGACCACCAUGCCCGAGCUAGAUACCGAUCCGUACAUCCAAGGUUUGUGGCCUUACACCAUCACUGAGUUUGUGUCUCAGUCAAACCACAAUAAAACUCCACUCUGCUUUAAGAUUAUUGCAAAGUUAUUGUGCACUACACGCGAUUAUCAUAUCGUCUACUUUACAACAAAGGGUACUUUUUCUGAGGAGGCAGUUGUUGACUUGGUGAAGGGUUAUGGCAAGAACCCAGAACUUGUUCAACGCCGCGUUAAAGUUUAUGAUAUCCACAAACUUGAUGGGUUGAUUUCUGCCUACAAUGCAAUCAAAGUAUAUCAUAUUAAUAUACACAAGCUUGGCCUGGUGGUAAUUGACGGUAUACAGGUAUUCUUCAAGGAUACAGUGGAUGAUGUGCCCGAUUACAUGGAUAUUCCAGUAAUGACUAAGUUUUUCCAGAGCAUUAAAGUGCUCGCUGUCAUUGCCAAGUUUCCUGUGCUUUGCACUAACGAUCUUGCUGUGGAAGUCAAAGGAGGGAACAUUUACCUGACUCCCUAUCUCGAUGAGCGUUAUUGCCAGUUUAUUGAUUUAAGAGUCAGCUUGGACAAAAUUAUAGGUGAAGAUGGUGAAGAAAAGUGGGUGCCUAAUAUGGUCACUCCUAGAACCAAGUAAAUUUGUUUAUAUUUGCUCCACACCGUGAUGGUAACUAACUGGAGAUUUUGUUAUUGUCUUUUGUAAUAUACUAAUUUUGUUAAAUUAAACACUGCCAUUUUGCAAUGUGUCU